UGAGAGCACAAAGAGACACCCAAAUAGAGCGUAAUUCUUGUGAAGAAGGUUUAUCCUUCUGGGUCAUUGAGAUUUCUGUCAUUCCCUUUGUUACCCUAAAAAUCAAAGAUGUCUGGAAUUGUGGUGAUUUUCGACUUUGACAAGACCAUCGUCGAUUGCGACAGUGAUAACUGGGUCAUCGACGAAUUGGGUUUCACCGAUUUGUUCAACCAGCUUCUUCCCACCAUGCCUGGGAACUCUCUCAUGGAUAGGAUGAUGAUGGAGCUUCAUUCAGAAAGGAAAACCAUUGAGGACAUUGAAGGGGUUCUGCAUAGGAUUCCUAUACACCCCAGAGUAAUACCUGCCAUUAAAGCAGCUCAUGCUUUAGGGUCUGAUUUGAGGAUUGUAAGCGACGCGAACAUGUUUUUCAUUGAGACAAUCUUGAAGCACUUGGGAAUAAGGGAAUACUUCUCUGAGAUUAACACUAACCCAGGUUAUAUUAAUGAAGAAGGAAGGUUAAGAAUCAUGCCAUACCAUGACUUUAACAAAGCUUCUCAUGGCUGCAGUUUGUGCCCUCCAAACAUGUGCAAGGGUUUAGUCAUCGAUAGAAUUCAAAAUUCAAUUUCCCCUGAUGAUAACAAGAGGUUCAUCUAUCUUGGUGAUGGUAGUGGGGACUAUUGCCCUAGCUUGAGGCUUAAAGAGAGAGACUUUAUGAUGCCAAGGAAGAACUUUCCCGUGUGGGAUUUGAUAUGUAAAGACCCUUUGCUUCUUAAGGCUGAAAUCCAUGGUUGGAGUGAUGGAGAAGAGCUGGAGCAAGUUCUAUUGCAGUUAAUCAACAGAAUUUCUAUAGAAGAAAGCGCUCAGUUCAUUUCAUCUGAUUGCAAGCUACAUACUCUAUCUAUCUCUGCUCAUGAGACUUUGCCUAAAGUUCUCACAGUUCGGCAUAAUUGCUUAGUUUAGUAUCCAUGCAAAUGUAUUAUAACUCAUGGGUCAUUUUUUAUUUUUUUUUCUUGCUCGGGAUAACAACCGAAAACUAAUUCUUUCGAGGUGGAAGAUUACAUUAAGUGAGUCAUCUUUUCUCUUUGA